GCCCGCUGUGGGAUGCGCACACUGAGAAUCUCCACUCAGUGGCAUCGCUGUCCUCGCUGCUUGUUGGCCACAUCUCGUGGAGUGGUAAUAGGAGGAGGAGACCGGUGUACCGCGCCUAUCAGCCGCUGCCUGCAAAAUCACUGCGUGGGGGAAUUUGCGGAGGUGGAGGCGCACCUAAGGGCAGGAGAAUAAAGUAAAGAGCGCACGGAGCCGGGACUAAGACCUUCUUCGGCUUCCCAGACACACGGGCGCUGCUGUGAAUGAUGGUACCGACACACUAACGGAUAAUGGAAUUACAAUCAAAAGAGUUUCAUGAAGAGGAAACAUCGUAAGAGAAAUUAAAAUUCUUGCAUUCACAAGGAGAGCAUUGCAUUCACAAGUAAUUGGAUGAGAGUCCCAUUAGCCCUCUGCAACUAAAGAUGAUGUUUCCAUGGAAACAAAUUGUUCUCCUAUCAAUCACGGGAUGCCUUGCAGUCUGUACAGACGAUGUCAUAUUUCAAGGGCCUAGAUUGAGGACAGAGCCGAGUGACCUCAUUUUGCCCAUCAGCUCCCCCAACCGACAGGCCACCAUUAUGUGUGAGGCAGAAGGCAGCCCUCCUCCGCAGUACAGAUGGUCACUAAACGAAACACCCAUCGAUCUUGGGAAUGACUACCGGCGUCGCAUGUCUGGGGGCAACUUGAUCAUUAGCAACUUGGACAAAGACCAAGACACUGGGAUAUACCAGUGUAAAGCCUUCAACACGUGGGGGUCCGUCCUGAGCCGGAAGGCUACCGUCCAAUUUGCAUAUCUUGAAAACUUCCGAACGCAGACAGUGAGAAGUACAGUGAAUGUCCGAGAAGGCCAAGGAGUGGUUCUGUUAUGUGGCCCACCUGCACACUCUGGAGAGCUGACUUUUGCAUGGAUCUUCAAUCAAUAUCCGCACUUUGUCCAACAAGACAGUCGUCGCUUCAUCUCACAAGAGACUGGAAGUUUGUACAUAGCCAAGGUAGAACCCUCAGAUGUGGGAAACUACACUUGCGUGGUGAACAACACCGUCACAAGGGAGAAGAUAUUAAGCUCUCCGACACCACUGGUCCUCAGAAGUGAUGGAGUAAUGGGGGAAUACGAACCCAAAAUAGAAGUCCAUUUUCCUGACUCGGUUCCUGCUGCGAAGGAAUCACUUGUGAAACUGGAAUGUUUUGCUUUGGGAAACCCCGUUCCAGAAAUAAGCUGGAGGAGAACUGGUGGAGUCCCUUUUCCUAGCAAAGUCAAAAUGAAGAACUCAAACGCUGUUCUGGAAAUCCCAAAUUUCCAACAGGAAGAUGCGGGAACAUAUGAAUGUGUUGCGGAGAAUCGACGGGGCAAAAAUGCUGCACGGGGUCGGAUUUCAUUCCAUGCUAAACCUCACUGGUUCCAGACAAUGGCUGACACGGUUCUGUCCAUCCAACAAAAUCUGUUCUGGGAGUGCAAGGCCAAUGGAAAGCCUAAACCAUCGUACAGCUGGCUGAAGAAUGGAGAGCAAGUGAUUACAGAGGGCCGGAUACAAAUCGAAAAUGGGGCCCUUUCAGUAGCUGCGUUAAACCUGUCAGAUUCUGGAAUGUAUCAAUGUGUAGCUGAAAACAAACAUGGUAUUAUUUAUUCCUCUGCCCAACUAACAGUGUUAGCAUCACCUCCCAGUUUCUCCAAAAAUCCAUUAAAGGCUGUGCUGAAAGCUCGCUUUGGUAGCGAAGUCACUCUUGAAUGCAAGCCUCAAGCCUCACCCCCAGCAAUUAGCCUUUGGAAAAAGGACAAUGAGUUGCUGCAGAGAAAUGAAAGAAUGAUCGUGUUUCCCAAUGGAACAUUAAAGAUUACCAAUGUAACCAGAGGGGAUGCAGCCAGCUACACAUGCAUCGCCAAGAACCAGUUUGGCUCAGCGAGCACCACUGGGAGGUUGCUUGUCACCGAGCCAACCAGAAUCACCGUGAGGCCCACAAACAUGGAGAUUAUUGUUGGCGAGAGCAUCGUGUUGCCCUGCCAGAUUGCCUGCGAUCCAGCUCUGGAUGUCUCUUUCUCGUGGGCAUUUAAUGGCCAGCUCAUCGACUUCCGGCAAGACAGCGAUCAUUUUGAGAGAGUGGGUGGGACUAUAUCGGGAGAUCUGAUGAUUCGCAACAUUCAACUGAGCCAUGGCGGGAAAUACGUCUGCGUUAUUGACACUGAGGUUGAGAGUCUGUCCGCCUCUGCCAUCCUGGUUGUCAAAGGUCCACCAGGCCCUCCAGACAAAGUGACAGUGGAGGAGAUCACAGACAGCACGGCACAGCUUUCCUGGACUCCUGGAAGAGACAAUGGCAGCCCCAUAACCGGUUACAUCAUCCAGGGUCGGACACCUUUUACUGUGGGCUGGCAGGCGGUUGAGACGGUGCCUGAAGUGGUAAAUGGUAAUACGCUGACUGCAACGGUGGUGGGUUUAAAUGCUUGGGUGGAGUAUGAGUUCAGAGUCGUGGCACGCAAUAGUGUGGGCCUUGGUGAGCCCAGUCCAGCCUCAGCAAAAACCAGGACAGAAGAUGCAAUUCCUGAUACAGCUCCCACGGAUAUCGGAGGUGGAGGUGGCACAAAGUCUGAAUUAGUGAUAACGUGGGAGCCUGUGUCCGAAGAACUGCAAAAUGCCGAGGGGUUCGGAUACAUCAUCGCACUCAGGCCCGUGGGCACAGUUACUUGGACGCGAGCUGUCAUCUCCACGCCUGGCGCCGCACGUUACGUCUUCCACAAUGACACCAUCCCACCCUUUUCACCUUUUGAUGUGAAAGUCGGCGCUUUCAACAAUCGAGGGGAGGGGCCCUUCAGCUCUAUCGCCACCGUAUACUCAGCAGAGGAUGUCCCUAGUGUGGCUCCUAAGAUGGUUAGAGCUAGGAGUGUGUCUGCAACACAAAUUGAAGUGAUCUGGGAGGCCCUUCCAGCCAUCCCUGAAAGAGUGCUUGGAUAUGAGGUCAUGUACUGGGAAGAUGACACCAAACCCGACACCGUCGGCAAAGUGCGCAUCUCAGGAAACUACACCGUGGUUAACAUCACAGGGAUGAAUGCAAACACAGCCUACUAUCUCGCUGUGUCCGCCUGUAAUACGGCUGGCCCCGGGCCGCAGUCGAUGCCCAUCAACAUCACGACAAGGAAACCACCACCGAAUCAGCCACCUCUGAACAUACAAUGGUCCAUGAUUGGAUCAACCCUCUCACUGCAUUGGGAUCCUGUGGUAGCCAUGGAGACCGAGUCCAAAGUCACUGGAUAUUUGGUGCUGCUGAAAAGACACCGUUACAAUGAUAUCAACACUUUGGUCACCAAUAAAACCUCUGUGCAGCUCAGCCUGUCCGCCAGUGACAACUAUCUCAUUCAGAUCAAGGCCACGAGUGAGGGCGGUGAAGGUGUGGGCAGUGAGCCCAUCCACAUCCACAAAUUAAGCAUGGGAGCGCGGGGCUCAGGCGCACACUGUCUCAACCCAUUAAACCUGGCUGCAGUCCUCAUCAGUGCCCUGGCCUGCUUCGUCUGGUGAUGUCUAAUCAGAACCUUCAUCGCUCUUUCUUUCCCAACAGUCCCCUAAGUGAGCCUGUCCUAAUGUUACCCCUCCAUUGGAGGGGCCAGGAUACAGUGGUAGGACUUGGGAUUACGGCCAAACCGUUCAAGGGUCAUUUUCAGUAAAGACUAUAUGACAAGGAUGUAAUGAUAUGAAGUGCAUGAUACCUUACAAUAUUUCCUCUGGAGUUAUAAGUGCCACCAUGCUGUUUCAUUUUCGAGGUUAUGAUGUCAAAAUGACGUAUCCUGUGUAUCUGUAAGCGAUACAAAUGCCUUAAAAUCAAUUUUACAUAUUCACUCCAUACCAAAUUAGGCAACAGAGGAUGCCAGUCAAGCAUUUUGCAAAAGAGAUAUUGAGAGAAUAUAUAAUGUCAGCCGCUCAGUGGAAAGAUUAUCCUGUUGUCACUGUUUCCCUCCUUUUUUAACCAAAACAUAAACACUAUCAAUCAACGUUAUAACCAGUUUCACUUACCCAAUACUGGUAGUCCGCAGGUUACGUACGGCUUCUGUUCCUACACUGAUGGAAGUCGAGUUUUUGUGCAAGCUGGCCCUUACAGCUAAUUUAACUUCUAACUGCAAAAACAACAUUUCAAGAAAGUAAGAAAGUCCCAUUUUAAGCACCCAUUCCUUAUUUUUUUCCUAAACAGAAAAAAUAUCUUGUCGAGCAAUUUUCACUUGAGAAAAAUCAUCUUAUAUUAAGAAAGUAUAGCUAGCCAAUUCUUAUUUCUUUGCCACAAAUUGGUUCUUUUUUGUAAUAAGAUAAAAACCUUAUUUUGAUUCUUCUUCAACAACAGAUUAAUAUAUAUUUGUCUUAAAUUAAGAAUAAAACUGGCUUCUAAACUUUCUAAAUUUGAGAAUGGACUCACACAGAGAAACUAUAUCUACCCUGCAAAAACUAAAUUUCAAGAAAGUAAAAAAGUCCCAUUUUAAGAAAGCAUUUCUCAAAAACCAUUUGCUGAUUUUGGUCCAAUGUGAAGGCUGCACAGCAAAUUUCAUAGAGCGUACCAAGAUUUAUUAUAUUAAAUCUAGUCAUAAAAUCUAGUCGGAAAAUGAUCAAACGUGAUUUAAGAAAAUAUUACUCUCUUUUUAUCUAGUUUCGAAAUCUAAAAACUAGUGAUUUUACAUGCAAAUGUUGCAAAAAAGACUUCUGAUAGUGUUUCUUGCAAUAGGUUUUCCUAAAUGAAGUGAAUUUUAGAUACAAUCACACUUUUUUUCUUUUUAAGUAAAAAAGUUCCGUCCAUAUUAUUUGCUUCAUGCUUGUCGAGAAGCUCAGACCGGUGAAGAAGUGACCAACAUAACUAACAUGCCGACAAUAAGAGAUCUUUGCUGCACGUUGGCAGAGUGGUUAGCAUGUUGGCCCCACAGUCAGGCAACCUGCGUCCAAAUCCCUGUCGGAACACGUACACUCCCCCCGUGGGUAUUCUCUGUGUACUCUGGCUUCCUUCCACAUUCCAACAAUAUGCAUGAUAGGGUCAUUGGAAACUCUAAAAAUCGUCCAUAGCUAUGAACUUUUGAUCUUUACUCUGUAGCUUUUUGGGAGGAGGAAAUAGAAGAGGCAGAAGAACGAACAAAACAAUGAGACCACAGCGUUGAUUUGUUGUUACUGUCGCUUUCAUAGGAAUAGAUGCUUUAACAUGCCGAAGGACACCAUCUUUAUCCUUAAUUGAUGGUUGUGAUAAUCGAUAAUCGUUUUAAUACCAAAAGUGCUGCAGAUAUUGGUGGCUGUUUCUUCUCUCUCUGAGCUAUGAUGUUCAUUUUCACUUCGAUGGUGAAGGUCUUUGUUUUCCUCAGCACAUUCAUACAUACAGUACAGUACAGUAUCAUACGCUGUACUCAUCUACAGUGCGAGUACGAGUACACACUGCAGCCUUGAAGCGUGCAUCCCCUGCGUGUGCUGAAACCAGUUCUCACGCUACUGCACUGCUGUCGGAUAAAAAGUACGUUUUUCAUUCAUUUAUGGGCACAAGUACGUAACUGCGAAACACCGAAACUCGGAAUGCCGUAACCCGAGGAUGACCUGUAUUUUAAAUGAGGUAAUAUCAGCAGUUUUUGGCUUUGAAAAAAACCCAUCUAUGAAUACAUUUAUGUUUGCCUAGUUUUAUGAAAUGUAGCAAUGCUAAUUCUAAUCAUCUUUUUUCACACCAACGUACUUGCGUACUUAAAUCAUAGUAAAUCUGUUGUUGAGCCACAGGCUAAGCUUCAGGCCUUCUCGAAAAUACAGUGAUUUCUCUCCAUCUUCUGCCGCUAAAUAAUAAAUGUCCAUCACACCGGCUUUCUCAGUCUAGUGAAAAAGUUAUUUUUUCCAGAGAAGACAUGCGUGCAGCGCUUCCAUCUUGUCAAACUGAUCCCAUGUGUAUUGUUCGCCUUUUACAUUUCGGUGACCUGUGUUCUGUAUCGCCACAGCUACUAUAGAUGAUCACCCGGUCCAGUGCACAGUGGACUACAGUACAUCAAUGAUAGUGCCUUCACCAGAGCUCAAACAUAAGUUGUUUAUUUUCAAGUUGCUCAGACAUCCAAAUAACAGAGAAGUCAAUAUUUGCUUGUGUUUCAAAAUUCGGCACAAAGGCUAGAAAGUGCUGUCGGAAAAUGCAGAGAAAUCCCGAUUUGUGUAUAAGGUACAAUCAGUAAAUAUUUAUUGAAAUAAGUCAAUCUAAAUCCAUGAUAAGAAUGGUUGCUUUGUAAAAAGCAGAGGAUUGAAAUGGAGCAAAAAGCAUACUUGGCAUUUUACCAUCAACCUCAUACCAGACUGAGCAGCGAGAAAAGAACGUGCAAGAGCGACAUGCCACCCCUGUUUUCACCAUGUGGAUGAGUCCUUCAAGUGAGAGCUGCAGUCCUGAUAGUGCCCAUAUGGAUGUGGAACGAUAGAGCCAACCGCUACACAUUAUCGUGCCUUUGCUGAACAUGGGGCUGUGGACAUCAGCUGAGAGGUUAUUGUCAUCUGCAGUUUUGCACUCUCCCGCCUCUCAAAGUCAAAAGCACAAGGAACUGAUGCAAGGUGACCGGAUGUCCUCCCUUAGCCAUCUGAACAGGUGUGCCGAUCUCAGCGGCCUCAUAAAAAGUCCUACAAGGCUGGCAUAAUCAGGAUGUCCUGUCUGCUGCCUGACUCGUUACAUGAAGCCGUGUGUUCGUUGAUGGGACUAUUUCAUAGUCAUCAAUGGAAUAUUGAUUUUUCUGCGCUAUUAUUACAGCUGUCAUAUUUCAGUUUCCUGGUUGACUGAUGGCCUCCUUUCUGAUACUCAUUUUGUUGUGUUACCGUCAAUGAUGUCCGUCACUAUUUCACUGUUUGUGUGUGUGCAUGUACUUCUCUUCAGUUUUGCCAAUAGAUGUUUUCUUAGUUGUCUUUCUUAGGAUCUGUUGUAGUGCAGUACUUUAUAGUGAUUUGACAAGCCUGAAAUUGGCAGUUGUACUUAAAGUAAGCUACCAUGCAAAACUGCUAAAUUUGUUUAUCAAUUACAGUUUUUCACAAGGUGGCAAAAAAGGUUUUCCAAUUGCAAUAAUACAUGUCGUACAUGACUGGUUUAAUAUAGGAACUCACUGCCACAGUAUCCUUCAGAAAUUGACCUGCAUAUCUUGACCGAGGUAUAAAAUCUGUUUGCUCAAUCCUUCAUGUGUUCUCGAUUACACUGGGGAACAUAGAAUUUAGGAUGUUAGACCUAUUUAUUGUAAGUUGUGGUUGUUGAUUUGAAAUAUGCCUUCAGUUUUCCUCCAUCAGCUCUAGUUACUGAUAUAGUACAUACCGAGUGACAUGCGGAGGGUGAAGUUCAUGGCUGGUGAGGUGCUGAAUCCUUUGAAGUUUUUUAUUUACGUUAAUACAAGUUGACAUCAAGAGGAGAAAAGGUAGACAUAAUCCACUAAGUUUGUUUUCAAAUACUUCUUUGUCCUAUUUAUUCAUUUGUUUUAUAAACUGAAAAACGCUUGUGGUCGUAUAUGUAGAUGAAGUAUACAUUAACCUUCUCCAACAAUAGCUCUGAUACUUUGUUGUAAAAGUCUGAUCACGGUCCGUUGAGCUUGGAUAUAUAAUCCUCCAUCUUGGCAGUCAAAUUCAUUCAUUCAGCAAAGCAUGAACAUAUAUUUAAUACAUCUGACUUGUUGCUGAUUCGAGCUUGUUUAUUCACAAAGUUUGUAGAAGGACGGCAGCAACGCAACGAGCACCUUCCAGCUCGCGCGCUUACUUCGAGAGGAGAGACUCACCGCAGCCCCAUCUCACAUUCCCGCCCCGUAUUUGGUCAGGAAAUGUGCAAAUUCAGCAACUUUACUGAAAAAAAUGUUAGAAACAAUUGGAAUCAUACAGAAAUACAUUUACAGUCGUCCCUCGUUUAUAGUGGUUAAUUGGUUCUAUAGGGAAUUUCCGUAAUGUGAUAUACAUAUAUAUACUGUGUGUGUAUAUAUACAGUAUAUAUAUAAGUAUAUAUAUAUAUAUGACUUUAAAUGCAGGUUUUAACAUUAUUAGACAUGAAAUACCACACCUAUAGUCACCUUUACGCUCCUAUUAUUCAUUGUUUACAACACAUUGAGCAACUCUCAUGCUGCAUGGAUUCGAGACAGUCGCCAGCUAACAAGCUAGCCAACCAGUUAGCCUCAAAUUUAUUGUAAACUUAAGAAGCCAAAAACGUCACACUUUCACACAGAAUGGGAGGAGGACUUAUUUUUCACACUCUCAUGUCUGACAUGCCGUGGCUGACGUCAUGACCAUGCAGUGUUAAGGUAAUGUCAUGUAAGCUAAUGUCUCAAUGUUUUGUGUUAUUAACGGCCGCCUAGUGAUCAGAAUACUACAUAUCACCUGUGUUUGACUAAUAAAGACCAUAGUUUACCACAAAGCAGCGAUCAUGUAUUAACUAAUUCAUUUCUGCAAAGAUGCGAUAUAGUGAGGGAGCGAUAAUUGAACUGCGAUAUUGUAAGGGACGACUGUAUAACAUAGUUCAACGGACAAAUAUUAAUAUUUUUGAGUGUUAUCAUUUUUUUUCCCAUGAUGGCUGUGCCUCACCUUCCUCCUCUGACCGCAUGUCACUGGGUAGACCGCUAACUGUUGCAUACGACCCAUUGGACACAGGACUGCUGUACAAGUCAUUAUUAUUGCCUUUCUUUUUAUUAAUAAAACAGUUUCCUACACAUGGAUGUUUUUUUGUAUUAUUUAUUAUCAAACUACAGCAUAAAAUACUGAACAAAUGCUGUGGCAUUCUGAAGAAAGCUACAUGAUCUAAAAAUCUAUAAGUACUACAAAAAUGAGUAGUAUUCUGGUUCAGUGGAUUGAAUGUUAUAAUGAGGUAUAGAAAUCAUACCAUGCUUGUAAUGUGUUUGUUCCCCAGUGUUAUCAGAGCUUUCUUUGUAUGAUUGAAUGACUGUAAUUACUUAGCGUUGUUUCGGCUCACAGGUUUAUUGUUUGUGGCUUUGGUUCAUGAAAAUGUCAAUGUUGGCCCUCUUAAGAUAAGAACAACCAAUGGGAACCGUCAGUGUUGUUCUGGAUCGCCUAUGAACAUCCUUUACAAUUCAUUCUAUUGAUGCUAAAGUUAUUAUUGUAGAAUUUUAGGUUUGAGACAAGAAAGAAACCAUAUACAAUCUCAAUAAUUGUCCCUUAGCAACAAUGUUUUACUGUUUCUUCAUUUUUGAAACAAAUUGUUGUGUUCUUAGCUUGUAGUACAUGAAGUUUGUAGUAGGACUUACAGUACAUUGGGAGGAGAUUCCACACAUCGAUAUACAAUGUAUUGACCACAAAAAGCAGCAUAUCUAUUUGUUCUCCAAGGAUGGCCCGGUUGAACUGAUUCCUGUGUUUGUUUCUUGAAAGUUGUGUUUCCUACUCUGUAAAUACCUUGCAUAUAUUUUUAAAUAUGGCCACCCAAGACAACCUUAAUGCUCUUCUGUAGUGUGUUCUCCAGCCUAAUACUGCUGUAUUAAUCAAUGAUCUCUGUGAGAUGCUGACGUGUAGAGUUGGAUUUUCACAUUGAAAAGUAACUGUUUUGUCUUGUAUACUAAAAUUGUGCAUGGUCAUCAUCGUUUGUGAAUUUGUGUUGGACUUUUCUAAAACUAUAACUUAAUAAAUAAAAAUGUUUAUUCCA